AUGACGCGAGUCGAACGCGCGCGAAACGGACGACGAACGACGACGACGACGACGAUCAAGAUGAUGCUCGUCGUCGCGCUGGGCGCGCUGGCGUGCGCGUUCGUCGCGACGCCGGUGCUCGCGGAAAAGCGCGCGCCGAAAGUCACCGAUAAGGUGUUCUUCGACGUGACGAUCGACGGUGAACCCGCGGGGCGAAUCGUCAUGGGGCUGUACGGGAAGACGGUGCCGAAGACGGCGGAAAACUUCAAGCAACUCGCGACGGGGGAGAACGGAUUCGGGUACAAAGGCUCGGGAUUCCAUCGAGUGAUCAAGAACUUUAUGAUUCAGGGUGGUGAUUUCACCAAUCACGACGGCACCGGGGGGAAGUCGAUCUACGGCGCGCGAUUCCCGGAUGAAAACUUCAAGCUCAAGCACGAGGGGCCGGGGACGCUGUCCAUGGCCAACGCCGGGCCGGACACGAACGGGUCGCAGUUUUUCAUCUGCACCGUCAAGACGAGCUGGCUGGACGGCCGACACACCGUCUUCGGGCGCGUGCUCGAGGGCAUGGACGUCGUGACGGCGAUCGAAAACCUCGAGGGGACGCCGCCGCAAAAGCCGGUGCUGAUUGCCGACUCGGGCGUCUUACCGAUGGACGCCGAACUUUAA